AUGACUUGGCUGAAGUAUUUAACUGUUUUUUUUUCCGAUCUUACAUCACAUUUUACUCCUUUAACACGCGAGGAAGAACAAUUGGAUUUCAAUGUACCAGGUGAAUACCUCAUCGACGCUAAUAAAGUGUACAAUGAACUCCGCAAAAUUAAAACCAAUAAAAGCCCUGGUCCAGAUAUGAUACCUAACAAAAUUUUGAAAGUCUUUGCAUAUGAACUUGCCCCAGUCAUUACGGACAUUUACAAUUCGUCUAUCAUUCACGGCGUGUUUCCGAUGAACCUCAAACGGUCUAUUGUAGUUCCAAUCCCUAAAGUCUCACUACCUCAAAGCGUGGAGGACGAUCUAAGACCCAUAUCAUUAAUGUCCCAAAUUUCUAAGGUCAUGGAGGGGUUCACCUUGACAAAAUUAUUUGCCCAAAUUGAGAGUAAAUUGGACACGAAGCAGUUUGCGUUACCAGGGAAAUCUACGACUCCCGCCCUAACAUACCUCCUGCACACCAUUUUGUCUGCCCUUGAGAACACUUCCUGCUCUGCUAGAUUGUUUUUUGCAGACUUUAAAAAGGGGUUCGAUCUUGUUGAUCAUAAUGUCAUAAUAUGCGAGCUGGAAAAUCUUGGUGUACAUCCUGCCCUAGUGAGGUGGAUAAAAGCUUUUCUUAGCAAUCGUGAACAGUGUGUGCGAAUUGAAAACUCAUACUCGUCGUGGAAGAAAACAAACGGUGGUCUACCACAAGGAACAAAACUAGGCCCGCUGCUUUUUGCAGUCCUUGUAAAUUCUUUGCUCAAGGAUUGGCCUGGGAGAGUCAAAUUUGUUGACGAUACUACGGUCUUGGAAAUAAUUCCACGAUGUUCACCCAGCUUCCUACCAAUUAUCGUGGACCAAAUAUCCGAUUAUGCAAACGAACGAGGAAUGAGACUAAAUCCAAAGAAAUGCAAAGAUAUGGUUAUUACGUUUCUUAAGUAUAAACUAGUAGAAAAUGACAUUUUUAUAGGCGGUGAUGUGGUGGAGAGAGUCUCCAGUUUUAAACUACUAGGCGUGUGGUUGACUAACAAUCUUUCGUGGGAUAUACACGUAGAUAAAAUUUUAAAGAAAGCGAAUUCACGCAUCUAUGCUUUACGCCUAUUAAAGAAAGCUGGAUUGAGCCCUUUAAACAUUGUUCAUAUUUAUUGUGCAGUUAUAAGAUCCCAGUUGGAGUAUGCAUCACCAGUUUGGUCCGCUCUUCCAAAGACAUUAUCAGACCUUAUUGAGUCGGUGCAAAAAAGAGCUUUAAAAAUUGCGUAUCCCACUCUGUCUUAUGAUGAAGCAUUACACAAAAGUAACAUUAAACUACUGAGUACAAGAAGAGAAGAAGCAUGUAGGAAAUUAAUUAACUUACUUCGAGACCAAGAUUCGCCACACAACCCUUUAACUGCAAUAGUUAAAUCCGGUCUACCAGACCGAACUCAUAAUUAUGAUCUGCGUAAUAAUAAUCCACAACUCUUACCGAUAAUGUCUGAACGGUUAAAGAACUUUUUUACCAUUAAGUAUAGUUAA